UACAUAUUUGAGCUCCCCAUCACAGAAAAACAGUCUCGCCCGUCAUUACUUAGACGGCUCGAUUCCCUCUUCUCUAACUCAACACCAAUAAAGCAAAAGAUGGUGCAAUACAAUUUCAAGAAGAUCACAGUAGUCCCCAACGGGAAAGACUUCAUCGACAUCAUCCUCUCACGCACCCAGCGCCAGACCCCAACCGUCGUCCACAAGGGCUACAAAAUCAACCGUCUCCGCCAGUUCUACAUGCGCAAAGUCAAGUACACUCAGACCAACUUCCACGAGAAGCUCUCCACCAUCAUCGAAGAGUUCCCUCGCCUCGACCAGAUCCACCCUUUCUACGGAGACCUCCUCCACGUCCUCUACAACAAGGACCACUACAAGCUCGCCCUGGGGCAAGUCAACACCGCCAGAAACUUGAUCAGCAGUAUAGCUAAAGAUUACGUGAAGCUGUUAAAGUAUGGUGACUCGUUGUACCGUUGCAAGUGUCUUAAAGUGGCUGCUCUUGGUCGGAUGUGUACCGUGUUGAAGAGGAUCACUCCUAGCUUGGCGUAUCUUGAGCAGAUCAGGCAGCAUAUGGCGAGGCUGCCUUCUAUUGAUCCGAACACGAGGACUGUGUUGAUCUGUGGGUAUCCUAAUGUGGGGAAGAGUUCUUUUAUGAAUAAAGUGACCAGAGCUGAUGUUGAUGUUCAGCCUUAUGCUUUCACUACGAAGUCGUUGUUCGUUGGUCACACUGAUUAUAAGUACUUGAGGUAUCAGGUGAUUGACACGCCUGGGAUCUUGGACAGGCCGUUUGAGGAUAGGAACAUUAUUGAGAUGUGUAGUAUCACUGCUUUAGCGCAUCUUCGAGCUGCGGUUUUGUUCUUUUUGGAUAUCUCUGGGUCUUGUGGUUAUACUAUUGCUCAGCAGGCUGCGCUUUUCCAUAGUAUUAAGUCUUUGUUUAUGAACAAGCCUUUGGUGAUUGUCUGCAACAAGACUGAUCUGAUGCCGAUGGAUAAUGUGUCUGAGGAAGAUAGGAGGCUGAUUGAGGAGAUGAAGGCUGAAGCGAUGAAGACUGCCAUGGGAGCGAGUGAGGAGGCUGUGCUGCUGAAGAUGAGUACUCUGACGGAAGAGGGAGUGAUGGCUGUGAAGAAUGCUGCUUGCGAGAGACUGUUGGAUCAGAGGGUUGAGGCGAAGAUGAAGUCCAAGAAGAUUAAUGAUCACUUGAACAGGUUCCAUGUCGCGAUGCCGAAGCCUCGUGAUAACGUUGAGAGGCCCGCUUGUAUACCUCAGGUGGUUCUGGAGGCUAAGGCUAAGGAGGCUGCUGAGAAGGAGAAGCAGAAGACGGAGAAGGAUUUGGAAGAGGAGAACGGUGGAGCUGGAGUUUACUCCGCUAGCUUGAGGAAGCAUUACAUCUUGCAUCACGAGGAGUGGAAGGAGGACAUAAUGCCUGAGAUUCUCGACGGUCAUAACGUUGCUGACUUCAUCGAUCCGGAUAUUUUGUUGAGGCUUGAGGAGUUGGAGCGUGAGGAGGAGAUAAGGCAGGCUAACACUGAAGAAGAGGACUUCGAGAUGGACGGGGAAGAGCUCACGGAGGAGCAGAAGCAGCAGCUUGCUGCGAUUAGGAACAAGAAAGCUGUGCUCAUUCGAGAGCAUAGGCUCAAGAAGACCGUUGCACAGAACAGAUCAACUGUCCCUAGGAAGUUUGACAAGGACAAGAAGUAUACAACUAAAAGAAUGGGUAGGGAACUAUCAUCUCUGGGACUUGAUCCGUCUUCUGCAGUGGACCGCGCAAGAAGCAAGUCUAGAGGGAGGAAGAGGGAUCGAUCAGAAGAUGCAGGCGACGAUGAUGCAAUGGAAGUGGACGAUGAGCAGCAACAGGCCAACAAGAAGCUGCGUGUGAGGUCAAGGUCGAGGUCUAUGUCGAUAGCGAGAUCACAGUCAAGACCUCCUGCUCAUGAAGUCGUGCCUGGUGAAGGGUUCAAAGACUCUACUCAGAAGAAGGCGGCGAUUAAGAUUAGCAACAGCUCUCACAAAAAGAGAGACAAGAAUGCAAGACGUGGUGAAGCUGAUAGAGUUAUACCGACUCUGAGACCUAAGCACUUGUUCUCAGGGAAGAGAGGUAAAGGAAAAACGGAUAGGCGUUGAUGAAGCCAAACAAGGAACUGGAUCGAUUGAAGAACAUCUCUCAAGUUUUGGAUUUUACUUUACCUUUUGUUUACUAUUAUUAUUAUGCUAUGCAUCUUUUGUUGUUUUCCUACAGACAUGAUAUGAAACAUUGUAGCUUCUCCUGCGACGAAUGUGUUUUGAGGACUAAGAAUCGUUUAAUGGAUUUUAUUUUAAUUAAAUUUUUGAUUCAA